AUAUUACUAUUUAAGUUACUAACCAUGGCAUCUGCGUCGAUUUGUUUGUGUUGAAUACGUGACAAUUCAAUUCAAGAUUAUUUACCAGAAUUUCAAAUUAUUCUAGUGAAACAAAGUGUAAAGAAUGGGAGUUCCAGCUUUCUUUCGAUGGCUUAGCCGCAAAUAUCCUAGUGUUAUUGUCGAAUGUAUUGAACAGAGGCCAGUCGAUGUAGAUGGCCAGUUAGUGUAUGUGGACUCAUCACUUCCAAACCCAAAUGGUUUGGAGUUUGACAAUCUUUACUUGGAUAUGAAUGGUAUUAUUCAUCCUUGUACCCAUCCUGAAGAUAAGCCUCCACCUAAAGAUGAAGAUGAGAUGAUGGUAGCAAUUUUUGAAUGUAUUGACCGCCUUUUUCGUAUUGUACGACCUAGGAAGGUUUUGUACAUGGCUAUUGAUGGUGUUGCACCAAGGGCUAAAAUGAACCAGCAAAGAUCCCGUCGGUUCAGAGCUUCAAAGGAAACUCAAGAAAAAAUUGAAGAAGUAGCUCGCAUUCGCUCAGAGCUGGAAGUUAAGGGUGCAUAUCUACCUCCUGAAAGGCCCAAAGAGGCCCAUUUUGACUCAAAUUGUAUCACACCAGGGACCCCAUUCAUGGACAGACUCAGCAAAUGCUUACAUUAUUAUAUUCAUGACAGGUUAAACAGUGACCCAGGAUGGAAAGGCAUCAAAGUUAUUUUAUCUGAUGCUAAUGUGCCAGGGGAAGGGGAACACAAAAUUAUGGACUACAUUCGUAGACAGAGAGCUCAACCAGACCACGAUCCAAACACACAACAUGUGUUAUGUGGGGCUGACGCUGACCUUAUUAUGUUGGGGCUGGCAACACAUGAACCUAAUUUUACCAUCAUAAGGGAAGAGUUUAAACCCAAUAAACCUAGGCCUUGUGAUGUAUGUGGACAACUUGGCCACGAAAUGAAAGAAUGCACUGGCAGUAGUCCCGAUGCUGCGUUAGUAAGGUCCGAUCCAGCAUUUGGAAAUCAAGACAGCUUUAUAUUUGUGAGGCUGAAUGUUCUUAGAGAAUAUUUAGAAAAGGAAUUACAAAUGCCAAACUUACCUUUUCCAUAUGACUUUGAGCGAGCUUUAGAUGACUGGGUGUUUAUGUGUUUCUUCGUGGGAAACGACUUUUUACCUCAUUUACCCAGCCUUGAGAUAAGAGAGGGGGCGGUAGAUCGACUUGUCAACUUGUAUAAGAAGUGCGUUUACAAAACUAAGGGCUGGAUAACAGAUUCGGGAGAUGUGAACCUCGACAGAGUUCAAGUUAUAAUGGACGAGUUGGGACGUGUCGAAGACGAGAUCUUCAAACGCCGGCAUCAAAAUGAAGUUAGCUUCAAAGCCCGGGAAAAAGCUAAAAAACAGCAGAAAAUUAACUUUCAACUGCUUGAGGACACGCAAUUUGCGCCUAGGGCUCUUGGAGGUGGACCCAAAACGGUACAAAAUGCCCGACAAGAAGCCGCUGAGAUUCGUCGAGCGGGAAUGCAAGCUGUUGCCAAUAGAGAAGAAGAAGAGUCAGGCCGGUCGCGCAAGCGCAGCGCCACCCAGGCCGGUCUCGAUGAUGACGAUGACAAACACGACGAAGUUCGGCUCUGGGAAGAAGGCUUCAAGGAGAGAUAUUAUGAGAGCAAGUUUGAAGUGGACAAGAGUAACUUGGAGUUUAGGUACCGGGUAGCACUACAAUACGUGCGCGGCCUCUGCUGGGUGCUUCGCUACUACUACCAGGGCUGUGCUUCGUGGAAGUGGUACUUCCCGUACCAUUACGCCCCGUUCGCUUCGGACUUUGUCAAUAUUAGCGGACUUAGCACCAAAUUCGAAAAGGGCACGAAGCCGUUCCGGCCCUUAGAGCAGCUAAUGGGCGUGUUCCCGGCUGCCAGUUCACAGCACGUGCCUCAGCCGUGGGCAAAGCUCAUGAGCGAUCCGUCUUCACCAAUAAUAGACUUCUACCCGAUCGACUUCAAGAUAGACUUGAACGGAAAGAAGUUCGCGUGGCAAGGAGUCGCCUUGCUGCCCUUCGUGGACGAGGCGAGACUCUUCAAGGCUCUGGAGCCCUAUUACGAGGAUCUGUCGCAGGCUGAAAUUAAAAGAAACAUUCGCGGUCACGACCGCCUAUACGUAUCAACGGGGAACCAAAGCUAUGAGUUUUUGCUGGGUUUGUACCAGGCGGCUGGGGCGGAAUUGAAAAAGCUUAUAGAGAGCGAUCAGCGCUAUCCCUAUAGAAGUGAGGGUGUGCGUGGAGAUGUACUGCUGAGUGCUGAUGAUGUCAUUAUUGGCGGGCAACUAUCGUCUCCCGUGGUGGGCCUUGCCCCUGUCCUGGAUAACCGGGUGUUAUGCGUCCGAUAUCAAGACCCAGAUUACCCGGAAGAGUUCAUCUUCCCUGCUCGCCGUCUCCGGGGUGCCACGGAACCCGCCAGGGUACUAAAACCAGGGGAUCUGUCGCAGCAGGAGAAUCGCAAUUGGAGGCCGCAAAUCGGUAUGGUCCGGUCACACACAGUAGCCAAUCUGGAGAUGGCUGGACACAGGAUGCUGGGACAUCAUCUGCCCAGAGAUAGCACCUACUCCUCAGUACCUCCUCCACAGCAUAAUCGCUCGCAAUCGUUUGGACCACGGCGCGGCGGUUAUGUACCACACCAGGAGUUUAACAACCAAGGAUACGGCCGAUCUGGUUACCAGUCUAAUAGAGGUAACCAAGACAGGUCCGGCAACCAAGAUAGGUUCGGCAAUCAAGAGAGAUUCGGUAAUCAAGAAAGGUCCGGCAAUCAAGGGAGGUUCGGCAAUCAAGAUAGGUCCGGUAAUCAAGAGAGGUCCGGAAAUCAAGAAAGAUUUGGUCACCAAGACAGGUCCAAUAGUCAAAAUCGGUACGGCAAUAACCAAGGCUACUCAAGUCACCAAAACCCGAGGUUUAAUAACAGUAACCAGGGGUAUUCCUCGACAAACCAGAAUCAAAGAGGUGGAAACCAGAAUCAGGGAGGUUGGAGACCUCACGGACCUAAUCGGUAUCAAGGAAAUUCUAGUUGGCGUUGAGGUUUUGUAGAAUAAAUUAAUUUUAAGAUCUAGUUACUUUCUUGAACGUAAAAUAGACAGUUUCCUCAAACACGACAAAAAGACUAGAAAAUAUGGACGGAAAUUUUAAAAUUAAUAAAGCGAGAAUUUAAUACGCUUGAAAUGCUCUAAUAUUGAUUUUGAAAAGAAUUACAAAGAGAGAAGAAAAAAAAACUUAAAAAAAAACUGAUUGAAAUUGUUAUUGAAAAAAAAAUUCGCUGAGUUAUACUCCUAAUCUUAAACCAAAUGUUAUUCCUACGUGUCGUAGAUUUUCCUUUAAAUAGAGUAUUUGUCGUUAUUUACAAUGACUUGAGGCACAUACGACUGUUUAUUUUAUAUUUAGAUAUCUAAUGAUUCUUUGAUGGAAAUAAAUUUCAUACAUUACGAAUAUCAAAUUGACGUUUCAUAUAAAUUGUUGACAGGAAAAUUAAAAGUAUUGUAAUUUUGCUACGAAUAACAAAUUCUAUAUAUUUCUGACUGACAUAGUGACGUCUUGGAUAUCGUAUUUAUGUUUAUGGUAUAAUAUACAGCCAUUAAGUAAUUGUCGAUUAUAUUUUUUUUUUUUUAAAUAUUCCUGUAUUCAAACAAUACCAUUAUUUUUAUGUAGGUAAACUUCUUUCGUAAUUGUUUACUAUACGAUAUAUUUCCAAAAGUAUAUCUAAAAAGUCUGUAUUGACUUGACUUCAAAAGACACAAUGAGAAUUUUUAAAUAGAAAAUAUUUGCAUAUAUAUCUACUAUAUAUUUCCAAAAGUAUAUCUAAAAAGUCUGUAUUGACUUGACUUCAAAAGACACAUUUAGGAAUUUUAAAUAGAUAAUACAAAUUUCCAAAAGUAUAUCUAAAAAGUCUGUCUUGACCUGACUUCAAAAGACACAAUUAUAAUUUAAAAAAUAGAAAAUACUUUGCAUACCUAUAUUAUACAGGUUAUAUUAAGUACAGAGAAAUAAAAUAUGAUUUACUUUAUAUAUUUUCUUUUAUUUUUGAUUCCUCAAGUGUACUUAAGAGAAAUUUGGUAACAUUGUCAGUGAAUUAAAUUUAAACAAAUCUUACAUGAAAUAAAAAUAUGUUUAUUCAUUAUGAAUAGGUAAAUUUGACAGUUCUUGGUCGUACUACGCUUUUGAUUCGAGAAAUGGCAGGAAAUUGAAAUUUAGAAGCAUUCAUUUUCUAGUCCAAAGUUACUUUGCCAAGAGCUCUUCAAUAAUAAACUUAACAUAUAAUAUAUAUAUAUUUAUAUGUAGGUAAUUGUACUCUUAUAAGAUGUUCUUAAAUGUAAAAGUAAUAAAGUCAAUUACUAAGUACUUAUUUACUUGGAUAUUGUUUUGAGCCAAUUCGAUUUCAGAAAUAAAGUUUUUUCAUUUA